AUGUCUGCAGAGAUGGCAGAAUUUUUCUUUCAUUUCUGCAUCCAAAUUAUGGGAGUGCUGUUUCUCUUCCUGCCUCUGCUGAGCUUUGCUGAUGGUGGAAGACUGCUUGUGGUGCCAAUGGAUGGAAGUCACUGGCUGAGCAUGAGGGCAGUGCUGGAUGAGCUCAGAGGGAGAGGGCACGAAAUAGUCAUUGUUGCACCUGAAAUAAAUGUGCACAUAAAAGUAUCAGAGAAUUAUAUUAUGAAACUGUAUCCUGUUCCUUUCACACAGGAGGAGGUGGAUGAAUAUUGUCGAGCAAUUUCAUAUGAGGUUUUUAAGGAAAUUCCUUUUCUAUUAAGAUUUACCAGAACAUAUGAGAAAAUGAAGAAGACCGCGUCUCUAUUUUUAUCCACUUGUACAUAUUUAUUGAACAACAAAGAGUUGAUCAGAUACCUUGAAAAAAAUAGAUUUGAUGUUGUUUUUACAGAUCCAUCUUGUGGACAGAUAAUAGCUGAGUAUCUUUCUAUCCCUUCGGUGUUUUUCUCGUGUGGAAUUCCAUGUGGUUUAGACUAUGAGGCCACUCAGUGUCCAAAUCCCCCUUCGUAUAUCCCAAGGCUAUUUACAACAAAUACAGACCAUAUGACAUUUACCCAGCGUGUGAAGAAUAUAUUGUUUGGCUUGUCAGAGAAUUUCCUCUGCUAUUUUUUCUACUCCCCAGAAUUUGCAAUUCUGGCCUCUGACUAUCUUCAACGAGAGGUGACUAUGCCAAAGAUGUUAAGCAAUAUAUCUGUUUGGCUGAUGAGAUUAGACUUUGUGCUUGAUUAUCCCAGGCCACUGAUGCCCAAUCUUGUUGUCAUUGGAGGUAUAAACUGUGCUCAAAAGAAAUCAUUAUCUCAGGAUUUUGAAGCUCAUUUUUAUCUUUCCAGUUUCUUAUCCAUUCUCACAAGUCAAACAGGCUGA